ACUUCCUCAUAUAUGGUACCUUUAGAUAUUAGUAUUACGUCCAAUACACCUACCUUAUCCAAAGUAUAAAGUACUGUUAAUUAUUACCCAAGAAGAUUCAUUCAACUCAUCAUCCUUGGAGAUUCCAAAUCUCACAUCAAUAUCCUUGGAAAAUGGCACAAAGUAGAAGUGAGGAAAGGGUGGUGAACAAUAACAAUAAUGGGUUUGAAUCCAUUGAUGAUGGUGAUGAACACAACAGUCAAAAUGGGAAGAAGAAGCUGAUGAAGGAAGAAGAGGUUUCAGUGGAGAGGGUGUUCCAGCACCAGCUUGUUCCAUCAUGGAGGAAGCAGUUAACUGUGAGAGCCUUUGCAGUGAGCCUUGUACUCAGCAUACUCUUCAGCUUCAUUGUGAUGAAGCUGAAUCUCACCACUGGUAUUAUACCUUCACUCAACGUCUCCGCAGGGCUUCUGGGGUUCUUCUUUAUCAAGAUUUGGACAAAGUUCUUGCAAGGUUCUGGAAUGUUGAAGCAACCCUUUACAAGGCAGGAGAACACUGUCAUCCAAACAUGUGUUGUUGCAUCCUCUGGCAUAGCCUUUAGUGGAGGAUUUGGGAGUUACCUCUUUGGAAUGAGUAAAAGGGUUGCUGAUCAAUCUUCAGACACCAGUGAUUAUAAGAACCCAAGUUUAGGGUGGAUAAUUGCUUUUCUAUUUGUUGUUAGCUUUCUAGGCCUCUUCUCCGUUGUACCUCUAAGAAAGAUUAUGGUUAUUGAUUUCAAACUGACAUAUCCAAGUGGUACUGCAACUGCUCAUCUUAUCAACAGCUUCCACACACCUCAAGGAGCCAAAUUAGCCAAGAAGCAAGUGAAAGUGUUGGGAAAAUUCUUCAGUUUGAGUUUCCUAUGGGGUUUCUUUCAAUGGUUCUACACAGCUUCUGACGAUUGUGGAUUUCAAGCCUUCCCGACAUUGGGGCUUAAAGCAUUCGAGAACAAGUUCUUCUUUGAUUUCUCUGCAAUCUAUGUUGGAGUGGGAAUGAUUUGCCCCUACAUCAUAAAUAUAUCGGUGCUGCUUGGAGGAAUUCUUUCAUGGGGUGUAAUGUGGCCACUCAUAAAGAACAAAGAGGGUGAUUGGUAUCCUAAGGGCCUUGGUGAAAGUAGCCUUCACGGCAUUCAAGGUUAUAGGGUGUUUAUAGCCAUAGCCAUGAUCCUGGGAGAUGGAUUAUAUAACUUUGUCAAGGUGCUAAGCCAUACAUUUUUGGGAUUGUAUACUCAAAUUCGUGAUAAACAAAAGGAGAAUGUUCUCCCUGUUGCUGGUCAAGACUCUCCCUCAACUCCUCAGCUAUCUUAUGAUGAUGAGCGGCGUACCCAAGUCUUUCUUAAAGAUCAGAUUCCCACAUGGUUCGCCAUCGGGGCCUAUGUUGCUAUUGCUGCCAUCUCUACAGCCACUUUGCCACACAUAUUUCACCAACUAAAGUGGUACUACAUAAUUGUUAUCUAUCUCGUUGCUCCCACCUUAGCAUUCUGCAAUGCUUAUGGCUGUGGGCUAACAGAUUGGUCACUUGCAUCCACCUACGGAAAACUUGCAAUCUUCACAAUUGGAGCAUGGGCUGGUUCAUCACAUGGUGGAGUUAUAGCUGGCCUUGCAGCUUGUGGAGUGAUGAUGAACAUUGUUUCCACAGCUUCUGACUUGAUGCAGGAUUUUAAGACUGGCUACCUUACCCUCGCUUCACCUCGCUCCAUGUUUGUGAGCCAAAUUAUCGGUACAACAAUGGGUUGUAUUAUAUCCCCUAGUGUCUUUUGGAUUUUCUACAAGGCAUUUCCUGAUCUUGGGACACAUAAAAGUGAAUACCCUGCCCCGUACGCAAUAGUGUACCGUAACAUGGCGAUAUUGGGGGUGCAAGGCUUUAAGACACUACCACAAAAUUGCCUGUUGCUUUGUUAUAUCUUCUUUGGUUCUGCCAUACUGAUAAACUUGAUUAAAGAUUGCUUGGGUAAGAGAGGGAGGUUCAUACCACUUCCAAUGGCUAUGGCAAUACCAUUCUAUCUAGGAUCCUACUUUGCCAUUGAUAUGUGUGUUGGAAGCCUGAUAUUGUUUGUGUGGGAAAAGGUAAACAAGGCCAAGGCAGAUGCUUUUGGACCGGCUGUAGCUUCUGGUUUGAUAUGCGGCGAUGGAAUAUGGACUCUACCUGCUUCAAUUCUUGCUCUUGCUGGAGUUAAACCACCUAUUUGUAUGAAAUUCUUGUCUAGGGCCACUAAUGCUAAGGUAGAUACUUUCUUAACGGUUUCAGGUUAAAAUUGAUAUGGGUUUAGUAUCUUAUGAAAGUCUUAAUGCAUGUUAUUGCCUUGUAAAUUUGUGAAGCAAAGCUGCAAAACUUGUUGAUGUAUGAUGUUAUAUCAAGAUAUAUUAGCAAGUAUAUGUUUCCAUGUGUGUCA